UUCUUCACGAUAUUGCUUCAAAUUUCCCCGCUCCGAUUGCGAAUUUCUCUUUGAAAUACGUUAGCUUCUUGUUUUUCUUUGUCCUGAGGGACUUCGGAGAAUAGUAGAAGUUUGAGAUGGGGAACACAAUGGGAGGGGUAUGUUCCAAUGGAAUAGACAAGGAUUACUUCGAAUCAGAGAAGAUAACGCAAACAUCUGAGGAUCGGAUAGGGAAUUCGUGUUUGAAUUCUGAGGCAAUUGACCGGAAUGAAAUGCCGCAAAGGUCUCGUUCUGGUGUGUCACUAUUGCCAUCACCUCCGUCUAAGGCAGGAAGCAAUAAGGUUGCACCAGUGAACUCACAAGCAGGGUCACGCGGGAGGGCAAUUGAUUUAUUGAAAACAAUUGGGAAUAGUGUGUCAAAUUUGCACAUGAACGGUGGGUUUUUUACAGGCAUGGCUUCAAAUGGUUGGGAGAUCUCUAUAUUAGCUUUUGAAGUAGCUAAUACAAUAAGCAAAGUAGUGAAUUUGUCACAAUCUCUCUCAGAAGAAAACAUCCAGCUUCUCAAAGAGGAACUUUUACAAUCAGAAGGGAUAAAACAAUUAGUCUCAACAAGUUCAGAAGAAUUGCUAAGCAUUGCAGCUGCUGACAAAAGGCAGGAAUUUGACGUUCUCUUACGGGAGGUUAUACGAUUUGGAAAGCAGUGCAAGGAUCCACAGUGGCAUAAUCUGGAUCAGUACUUUUCAAGACUAGAUUUGAAUGAUUCAAGUAAAAAACAAGCUCGAGAGGCCAGAGCAGCCAUCCAGGAACUAGCUGUUUUAGCUCAGUCUACAUCUGAAUUAUACCAUGAAUUACUAGCACUGGAAAGAUUUGAGCAAGAUUACAGACGAAAAGUUGACGAGGUGGAGUCAUUGAACCAAGGAGGAAUAGGAGAAAGUCUGUCAAUAUUCCAAGGAGAACUAAACGUACAAAGAAAGCUUGUAAGGAGUUUCCAAAGCAAGUGCCUUUGGUCCAGAAGUUUAGAUGAGAUUGUAGAAAAGCUCGUUAUUGUUGUAACAUGGAUAAAUCAAACAAUAGCCAAAGCAUUUGGUGAUCACAACACAGGUGCCUGCAAUGGACCACUCAUUUCAGAUAAAACAUUGCCUAUUGAGGACAGAAGUAUUGGCCAGAAACUGGGCUCUGUUGGUCUUGCCUUGCAUUAUGCAAACAUAAUCAGCCAGAUAAAUCUCAUUGCGUGUCGCCCAGCCUCCAUUCCUUCAAAUAUGAGGGAUGCAUUAUACCGGGCAUUGCCUACAAGCGUUAAAAUUGGUCUGCGCUCUCGAUUGCGGACGGUGGAUGUCAGUGAGGAGCCAACUUAUAUUGGUGUCAAAGCGGAAAUGGAUAAGAUCCUUGAAUGGCUUGUUCCAAUAGCUGCAAACACGAGCAAAGCGCAUCAAGCUUGUGGCCGGAUUGGAGAAUGGGCAACCCAAAGCAAGGAACACAGCAAAGGCAGAGCUACACAGAGCAACCCAAUUCGCCUUCAAACGCUGUAUCAUGCAGACAGAGUCAAAACUGAGCAACAAAUCCUCGAGUUGGUCACAUUGCUCCACCAUCUCAUCCACUUAUCAAAACAGCAACCACAACGCUUCACAUCUCUCCGUUGCCAAUCUCCUACUCCCAAGAACAUGGCCGUUCCACAGCCAUAUAAUGCUCGUCGGAUCCAAUUCAAGAGCCAAAUCAUCAAAGCCAAUAAUGAUGGAAUUACUCCAACAACCAGAAAGAGGGAUCCCAGCAACAACAAAGGUACGGAAUCCUAUAAAAAUGAGAAUAUAGAUAAAGGAAUUUGGACUUUAAGCAAAGGGUUUUCGGUUUCAACUUUGAGUUCUCUUGCUAGAGCCUAGAUAUAAAGCUGAAGCAAACAAAUGAGAUAUAAUAACUAUGCUCGGAAUUGGGUUAGUGUAGAUAAAAACAUUUUUGAGUACCUC